AUGGCAAUUUUUGCAUCUUUAAAAUCAAUCUAUAAUUUUAAUAAAUCAAAUAUCGAUAAUAAAAACAUAUUUAAUUCAAAUAGUUUUAAUUCAAACAAUGGAAUUAAUAAAAUUUCUAGAUUACCACCAGGAUAUUUCGAUUCUACUAGUUUCCCAACAAAAGGAUAUGUACUUCAAUACCCAGAUGGAAUCCCAACAACUUGUUAA